AUGGGUGCUGAUGUCGAACUUGAGGUGGUGCUGGAAAACAAGACGGAAGUGUUCGUUCCUGGUUAUCCUAUAACUGGGGUCGUCUAUUUUAAAACGGAUGAAACAUACAAGGCGAGGGCCGUUAAACUCGAAAUUGUUGGCAAAGCUGAGACAAAUUGGACCGAAAGUGAAUCGUAUUACAUAAGAGAUUCGGAUGGCACAUCCAGACGAAGAAGUAGAACAAUUACAUAUAAAGCUGAAGUUCUUUAUAUGGAUCAUGAAGCUCUUCUUUGGACAUCAUCAGAUGGAGAGAAUAAAAUGCCUCCUGGUAGUUAUCAAUGGCCGUUUUCUAUCAACUUACCACCAAACUGCCCGCCAAGUUUUGAAGGAGAAUAUGGAUACAUUAGAUAUUAUCUCCGUGCUGAAAUCGAUAGACCAUGGAGAUUGGAUAAAGCGAAAAAACAGUGUUUCACUGUUUCUCCACAAAUAGACUUGAACUUGACUCCAGAAGCACGUAAUGUGCUUCGCGAUUCUUGCAGCGAGAAUAUAGGAUCGUGUUGUUUUAAGAAAGGAUACGUUGAGCUCAGAAUCGAAGUUCCAAAAUCAGGUUACGUUCCUGGCGAGAUUAUUCCAAUCAACAUGCAAUUCAACAACACUAGUUCGGUGCCAAUUACCAAGGCAGAAGUAGAAAUCUAUCAACGUACAAGAUUUUCUGCUGUUCGCGAUGGAACAACCAUUCGAUUCAAUGGACUUCCCAACGACACUUCGUUCUCCAUGUGCGACGUGAAAGAAAAAAGCAAGGAAGUUGCAAAAGUUUCUAAGCAAAUUGACGUACAGCCUGGAUUCUCGGAUAAUCUUACACUUGAGAUUAAGUUAGCACCAGUUGUUCCAACUAUAAAUCAGUACAGUCCAAUAAUCCUGGUCGAGUAUUAUCUAGUGGCUCGAGUUGACACUGCUGCAACCUUUGGAAGUGAAGCCGAAAGCGAGGUUCAAUUGCUCAUUGGAACUAUCCCGAUUCGCGAUUAUCUUCCACCCUCUUUCUAUCCGGCCGAUCCAUCCGCUGUUGUUAUUCCGCCGUAUUCAGUAGAUGAAACGAAUGGAAUAUCAACAAUCCCACAACCAGCCCCUGCACUGUCUCCGCCAUAUCCCGUGAAUGCUGACAAUGGUUUUCCAAAAGGAUCACCAAUUCCGAGCGCUCCUCCUAUUUCUUAUGAAGAUUCUGUUUACGGAACCGAUGGUACAACACUUAACGUCGAUGACAAUAGCAAACCAUUUGCUCCAAAGUACCCAGUAUACAACGGUUUGCCGACAUAUAACCCCACUGCUCCUCCGGCUGAGAAAUAA